AUGGUGAAGUUCUCCAAAGAGCUUGAAGCUCAGCUCAUCCCAGAAUGGAAGGACGCUUUUGUGAAUUACUGGCAACUGAAGAAACUUGUAAAGAAGGUUAAACUCUCAAGAAAAACAAAACAAACUCAAGAUCACAUCUCUGAUUUUGGUCGCUCCAUUUUCGACCCGAUUCGAUCAAUCACCAAGAAAAUCUCCGACCACCUCCACAUUGCCGGAGACAAACCGGAGAUCAUUCAGGCAGCCGGAGAUCCGAAUGUCCUCAGAUUCCGGCAAGUGAAGAGCAAAGUCGUAGAGGAAGGAAAAGUUGAAGAAGAAAAGGAUGAAGUUUAUGAAACUGAGCUUGUUCAGUUGUUCUCUCAAGAAGAUGAGGCUAAAAUGUUCUUUGAGAGAUUGGAUGAGGAGCUUAACAAAGUGAACCAGUUUUACAAGACCAAAGAGAAAGAGUUUCUUGAAAGAGGAGAGAAUUUGAAUAAGCAGCUACAAAUUCUGCUGGACCUCAAGCAAGUUCUAAGUGAUCGACGCCGGAAAAGCUUGACGUCCAAGUCCGGUGCUGGAUUUCUCUCUCCGUCGUUCUCAUCUUCUGGCCGGAACUCGGAUUUCUCAGAACCAACUGAAUAUAGCGAAAGCCCCACAGAAAACUCACAGACGGAAAAUGUAAUAGCAGCACUGGAAAAGAAUGGUAUAAAUUUUAUAAAUUCGCCGACAUUAUCAAAGACAAAGAAGGGUAAGCCUAAGUUGGCCAUGAGGAUUGACAUUCCGGCGACAACGCCGACACGAACAAUAUCGGCCGUUACAUCAAUGCUUUGGGAAGAUUUGGUGAAUGCUCCCAAGAAAGAAGGCCCUGGAGAGUCUAUAAACAGGAAGAAGAUCCAAUGUGCUGAAAAGAUGAUCAGAGGAGCAUUUGUUGAGCUCUACAGAGGCCUUGGUCUACUUAAAACAUACAGUUUGGUGGAUAUUGAGACAACAAGCAAACCUAAAGAAUCUCCCUCUGCCCCUUCAACAGAUUAA